UUUAAAAAAAAAGUAUAAUAUUUCGUGUCAAUGCGAGGUGUUAUGAUGUUUCGUGGUUGUUGAGUGUUCCUUUAUUAUUUAGCGACUUCCUACUUGGAUAGAUUGCAGAUUAUGCUAACAAGAAGUAAUCAAUAGUUUGAAUAAUAAUCUAGCAAAAUGCUGAUUAAGGAAUAUAGAAUACCUCUUCCACUCACAGUGGAAGAGUAUCAAAUUGCACAGCUUUAUAUGAUAGCAAAGAAAAGUAGAGAAGAGAGUUCUGGUGAGGGCAGUGGUGUACAAAUUAUUGUAAAUGAACCAUAUGAAGAUGGUCCCGGUGGAAAAGGUCAGUACACUCAGAAAGUGUACCAUGUUGGGAGCCAUUUGCCAGGCUGGUUUAAAAGUCUACUUCCGAAGUCUGCCUUAACUGUGGCAGAAGAGGCUUGGAAUUCUUAUCCAUACACCAAAACAAGGUAUACUUGCCCAUUUGUUGAAAAAUUUUCACUUGAAAUUGAGACUUAUUAUUUUGCUGACAAUGGUCACCAAGAAAAUGUAUUUAAGUUAUCUAAAAGUGAUUUAAAAAAUAGAAUAGUGGAUUUUAUAGAUAUUGUUAGAGAUCAGACCAGUGAAUAUAUAAAAGAGGAAGACCCAAAAUGUUAUGUGUCACAAAAAUGUAACAGGGGUCCUCUCUCCGAUACUUGGUUAGAGGACUAUUGGAAAGAAGUGCAAGGGAAGCCACAACCCUUACCAAAUGGAAAAGCUCUGAUGUGUGCAUACAAACUUUGUAGGGUUGAAUUUAAAUAUUGGGGUAUGCAAACAAAAUUAGAGAAAUUUAUUGAUGAUGUUGCCUUACGAAAAACGAUGGUUAGGGCUCAUCGUCAAGCAUGGGUUUGGCAAGAUGAGUGGCAUGGACUCACCAUGGAUGAUAUUCGUGAAAUAGAAAGGCAAACUCAAUUAGCUCUACAAAAGAAAAUGGCAGGAGAAACAAGUGACGAGCAAGAUGUAUCUGAAGAAAAUUCAAAGUCACUUGCAGCUACAAUGAGUAGUUUAGAAAAAAAUGAAGAUUUGGAUACUCCUUUGACUACCAAGAAAUCGAAUAUUGAAAAGAGAGUUCCUAUACAUUUGUCUCCAGAGAGCACUCCACCACUGGAGCAGAAGAGCUCUGUGAGAAGUAAUUUAAGGUCAUCAUCUUCUGGAUCUAUAAAAAGCUUGCAAGCACAAGUUGCUAAUUGGCGAAUGGAAACACUUGUGAGAGAAUCAGAAACUGAAACUGGAUCUGAAGAUGAAUUUUAUGACUGUGAAUCAUCAUUUAACAAAUGGUCCUCCAUGUGUUCCCUUGAUGAAAUGGAAAUCGAUAUAUCACCAACUCAGGGAGAUCAAAGUCAAGAUGAUAGUAUUUUCAAUCCAACAUUCUUAAAAAGAGUAACCUCAGAGAGAGGUUCCCGUCGCAUUAUUACAUUACAAAAUCAUCAAAGUAUGGACGGUUGCCCAGAAACACCGAUACCGAGUUCAUGCCCGACUACAGUAUUAGUACUAGUAUUUCACGCUGGUAGUAUUCUCGAUGCAACUAUUGACAUGGCUGCAAAGAAGUCGGACGUGACGACAUUUAAAGGCGCCUUUGAAUCUGUAAUGCGCCAACAUUAUCCAACUUUAGUUGGUCAUAUUGCAAUGAAACUAGUUUCUUGUCCUUCCAUUACUACGGAAGCAUUAGGAAUUUUGUCUACGUUAAGUCCUUAUAGCUUUGAUUGUUCCCCAUCCACAUUGGAAACACCUUCUAUGACGAAUGAUCUAAUACCUAUCGGUGCUAUUCCCUUGUUAGCGACAAGCUCUCCUGAUUAUGUUGAUUCGGUUACGAAAACCAUAGCUUCGGCUAAUACUGUUUUUAACGAGUUUCUUAAAUCUGAUGACGGCAAGGGAUUUAAUGGUCAAGUAAGUAUAGUUGCUGAUAGCAUGGGUUCACUAUUAGCUUAUGAUGCCCUAUGUCGUACUGUGCAAUAUCAAUCGCGUCAUGAUAGCGAAAAUAGUGUUUUAAACACUGAAAUUACUAUUCCUAAUGAACCCAGUGAUAAUUAUUUGAACAAAUCGCUUUUGCAAGCGCCCACUCCACGAAGGCGAUCAUCUUCCACAAGUGAUAAUCAGACGAAGUUGGAAUUUGAAGUGAAUGACUUUUUUACUUUUGGUAGUCCACUGCCGUUAAUUUUAGCUUCAAGGAAAAUUGCGGAUGACAAAACACGGGAUAUUAUGAAGCCACCCGUACAGCAAGUGUACAAUUUGUUUCAUCCAACAGAUCCGGUUGCGGCCAGGUUAGAGCCGCUACUGUCCGCUAGAUUCACGAAUCUUCCGCCUAUAAAUGUCGCUCGCUAUGCGAAGUAUCCUCUUGGUAAUGGGCAGCCCUACCAUCUAAUGGAAUUGAUACAAAGCGAUCCUCAGCUGUUUGGUGACCAUUUACAAAUGCCGCCAACACCAAUAUUGCGACGUCUUUCAGAGGCUUCCGUUCAAAGUACUGUCAGUGGCUUGGUCGAUAAUAUACCAUUAAUAACGAUGAAUGCUUUACAGCAGAAAUGGUGGGGAUCUAAACGGCUCGAUUAUGCCCUGUACUGCCCCGAAGGUUUAUCGAACUUUCCCACAAAUGCGUUACCACAUUUAUUUCAUGCCAGCUAUUGGGAAAGCUCUGAUGUGAUUGCUUUUAUUUUGAGACAAGUUGGACAUUUCGAUUUAGCUUUUUACGGCCAUGUCGAAGACAAAGAUAAUACAUUGUUCAAUCCGGGACAAGAAAGAGAAAAAUGGAUAAGAAAACGUACAUCUGUAAAACUGAAAAACGUUGCCGCCAAUCACAGAGCUAACGACGUUAUAGUGAAAGAAGGAUCUCCUCAAACCUUUACAGCGAGGUUUAUGUAUGGGCCGUUGGAUAUGAUAACUUUGACGGGGGAGAAGGUAGAUAUUCACAUGAUGAAGGACCCUCCAGCAGGCGAAUGGACGUUACUAUCAACUGUGGUGACUGAUAAAACUGGGAGGAUAACAUAUACAUUGACUGAGAAGCAAAGUGUUGGUUGUGGCAUAUAUCCAGUGAAGAUCGUGGUACGUGGCGACCACACGAGUUGCAACUUCCAUCUAGCAGUAGUGCCUCCGCAAACGGAGUGCGUGGUAUUCAGCAUCGACGGCUCUUUUACUGCCAGCGUAUCGGUGACAGGUCGCGACCCCAAGGUGAGAGCCGGGGCAGUCGACGUAGUCCGUUUCUGGCAAGAUCUCGGCUACCUUAUCAUUUACAUAACAGGCCGACCCGAUAUGCAACAAAGAAAAGUGGUAUCGUGGCUAGCCGAACACAAUUUUCCUCAUGGAUUGGUCUUUUUCUCCGAAGGAAUUUCAACGGAUCCGUUGGGUCAUAAGGCGGCGCAUCUGAACAGUCUCAUUAACGAUCACGGUAUAAUUUUGCAAGCCGCCUACGGGUCCGGGAAGGAUAUAAGCGUGUAUCAUAACUGCGGUUUAUCUCAGAAGCAGGUGUAUGCAAUCGGUCGUAUCAGUAAAAAGUAUACAAACAUGGCAACAACUCUGAGCGACGGGUACGCGUCGCACUUGGCAGAUUUGCGGCAGCCGGGCGCAGUGCGUGCGGCGCGCGGCAACGCACGCCUCCUCGUGCCUCGCCGACUGCUCGCUCCGGUUAGUAGUGCCACCACUCGCAAUCGCCGUUAAAACUAGAUUUUUGUCUCUUUUUUGAAGUUUUUUGACAAAGUAUUAGAUACCCUGUAUUUUUAUAUAAUUUAAAUUAUAUACGUGUAUUAUUUCCUCGUCUUUACCAAUUCUUAGCGUAUUUCUUAAACAUGCCGUGCUUUUUACAGUAUUCGUUUGUUGCCUCCAAGUUAUUAGGAUGUGGAGGUUGCGCAAUAAAAACGGUUGCGGUGAUGUCUAUACAAAUAAGUCUAUGAAUAUUGAAUGUUUAAUAUAAAUACUUGAAGUCACUGUGUACCUAAGUAAAUUGUAUUGAAUCUUGUUAUUUCUGCCUCAGCUAGUAUUGAUGUAAUCGUUUGUAUAGUAGAUAUUUAUUGUUGUAUUAGGAGGGCCAGAAUCUCUUGUCUGCUUGUUUCUAUUUAUAUUCUAGUCUUUGUAAGUUAGGUAAUGAUAUGGUUUUAUUAUAAAAAUAUAUUCCUAUUAUAAUUCCAUAAUUUAUAAAAGGAAGGGGGCUCUCCACUGACUAAACGCUUUAUAACGCCUAAGGCCAUAUAAUUUUUUAAUGAUACCAGGUCUAAGGUGUAAAUUUCUAAGAUUAUUAAAUAUAUUUCUUAUUUUUAUGUUCAAUCAUCCUGAUAUGAUAUAUUUUUAAUGUAAUCUUGAUUAUAUGAUUCGUUUAGAAAACAGACAAUGUUACUCAUUAGUAAAGAAUUUCCGUGAUACUUUGAACUGAACAUGUAUUUUUUUAAAUACCGAAUUAAUAUUGAAU